AUGAAAAUCAAUAAGGUCAGUUGCUUGCUGCUAGGUACUAGUUUGAUCAUCAAUGCAUCCCUGGCAUUGGUCGGCCCAUUUUUCCCAGGCGAGGCUCUCGAGAAAGAUAUUGAUAUAAAUAUAAUCGGGUACAUCUUCAGUGCAUAUCCCUUUUCUUUUGUAAUAAUAUCACUCAUAAUGCCGAAAAUACUCAACAGGUAUAGUCAGAGAUUCAUGUUCAUAAUUGGGUCAAUCACCUAUGCAUUAUCUGUAAUAGGCUUUGGCUUACUCGUAUUAGUUGACGAGGACUUCUUCCUAGUGCUUGCAAUAGUCCUCAGAAUUCUCCAAGGAGCAUCCAACUCGGUGGUUUAUACUACUGCAUACUCUGUCUUCUCAAUGCAGUAUGAAGGACAUGACAUUAUGCAGAUUAAUUCAUACUUUAAGGUGACUCUUGGAGCAGGGCUGGUUAUAGGCCUCCUUACUGGAACUUUAUUGUACAUGAUCGGCGGCUAUUGACUGCCUUUCAUCACAUUCGGAGUGUUCUUUCUCUUAUCUAUUCCUUGAGUCAUUGGAUACUUCCCUUCAAAAAUUCAGACUGAGAGCCAAAUCCAGGGGCAACUGCUUCAAAAUGAGAGCGGAAUUCAAAAUCAAAGCGCGAGGUUAAUAGUUAACUUCAAUCAGGAAGAAAAUGUGGAAAAUCUUGAAGACCACCGACAGUCAUCAAUCAAAUCUGCAAUAAGAGGGGAGUCAGAAUCUGGAAACAGAACACAUAAAUAUUCCUUUGAUCAUGAGAAAAAGGAAACUUUUGAGCUUGAGAAUUCAAACUCAAAGUCCUCACAAGGAGAGAAGAAUUGAGAUAAUUUUGAGAUACAACAUCACAGUGAAGAGAUACCUCAGAACUUAAAGGAAUCAAUAGUUACUCGGAUUAUCGUGAAAUGUCUAAUAUUAGCCAUUCUUUUCUUGAGCCUGCUUAAUUUUGCACCAGCUAUCCUUGCUCAAAGACUUGAAGAGCUGGACAUUCAUAAAUAUCUCUACGGGCUAAUAUUCGCAAUACCCUGAGUAGUGCCAGUCUGAUCAAUUUUCCUGGUAAACUUGGUGAUGAACAGACUUAAUGGAAACUCAGUUCUAAUUAUUGGGGCAGUACUAAUGUCUCUUGGAUUCUUUGUAGUAUCUGUUACAUCAGUGCUGUUUUUUCUUCUAGGCAUCUCAAUGCUUGGAUUUGCUGCUCCUUUCACCAUUCUACCUCUUUUCCCACUAAUGCGGAAUAGCUUAAAGAAGGAUUACAGAAACUCAAGCGAGGCUAUUAAUGUAUUAUCUGGCUUGUAUAAUGCUGCCCUGGGUAUUGGAGCAAUAGUAGGCCCACUGAUUGGAUCUAACCUUUACUAUUAUUUUGACUUCUUCAUAACUGCCUUCGUGCUUGGAAGCUCUUGAAUCCUCCUAGCAACGGUGUUGUUCUUUAGUGGAGGAUGUAGUUCAAAUGAAGCUGGAAUAGAAUCAUCAGAACUAAGCGAACAUCUAGGAAUGAUCAAUGGUUCUUUUAUAGAACCCAACAUACUUUCUAUACCAAGCACCAAUAAACUUGAUCGUAAAAAUAAGUAUCCGAUCUAAAUGCUUCUUUCAGUUGCUUCACCAUUAUACAUAUACGAAAAACUCCAAAACUAAGUUAUCU